CAACCAACGUCACAACCAUCAACAACACCACCCUCCCUUGCCGCCUGGCAUCAUGCCAGUAAACCUCCCUGCGCCGGUCAUCAACCUGCUCGGGCUGCUCCGCCCGCGGCUGCUGCGGCCGGACUUGAAAGCGGCGACCAUCGGCCAUGUCGACUGGAAGGGGCUACGAGGGGAGGGCUUCAACGCCGUCGUGAUAGACAAGGACAACUGUAUUACCCUCCCGCACGCAGACAACCUCUACCCGCCCUACACGCCAGCCUGGCGCACCCUCCUCUCCGCCUUCCCACCAGGCCGGGUACUCGUCGUCUCCAACUCGUCCGGCUCGGCAAAGGACCGCGGCGGGAUCGGCGCCGAGGCGCUGACCCUGGCGCUGGGCACGCCGGUGCUCAACCACGCCGCGCCGAAGCCCGCGUGCAGCGCCGACAUUGUCGCGUACUUCGCGGGCAGGCUAGGCAAGCCCCGCACGACGCGCAGCGAGCUCCUCCGCCCGCUGAGGAGGGUACAGCGCGCCGAGGAUGAAGCCGAGGGGGUGUUGCUGGGAAAAUGGCGCGACGAGGUCGAGAACGGGCCGCUGUGCGGCGGGGAGCGCGACCCCAUCUCGCCGCCGCGGCCAGAAAAGCUCCCCCCGCCCGAAGAGGAGCCGGCGCCGACGGCACCCCCCGCCACCCCCUCGCCCCUCCGCCUGCUCGUGGUCGGCGACAGGCUGUUCACCGACACGCUCCUCGCGCGCCGGCUAGACAAGUACCUCCCCGCCCCCGGCUCCGUGCUGUCCAUCCAGACGACCGACCUGCCGCAGCCGAACGACGUGCGGCCGCUGCGCGCGCUCGAGGAGCGGCUCACGCGCGGCGCGACGACGCCGUUUGGCGAGCAGUACAGUCGGUUCGUGCGCGUCGACCCCCCGCUACCCGUCGUGCCGCCCCCAACGCUGGCGGAACGUCUCAACCCCAUGCAGCUGCUCGAGGACGGCGGGCCGCCCAUCACCUGGCAUCCGCGCUCCUGGCGCUGCCGCCCUGUAACGGCUGUGCUGUUGCGCACGCUCGGCCGCGGGUUGCGCGUCGCUACGCUGAGCGUCGGCAUCGUCGCCGUCCAGCUCGCGCGCGGGUUGCGCGCGGCGAGCUUGUGGGCCCAGGCACGGUGUACCAAGUGGAACGCGCAGCGCAGGGCGGCGGCACAGGCGCAGGCCGAGGCAGAGGCUGAGGCCAAGGCCGCCGAGGAGGCUGCGCCAUCAGACAGCGCCGCAGCAGACAAGGUCAAGACGGCGUAG